CUCGUGAGUCGCAACAGCACAUCCACUUUGCUCCUACCUCAAUCAAGUCAUUUGUCUUAGUAUGGCGACAAUCAGCUGUGUCCGUCAGUCCCUUCUGAGUAGCCUUAGGCUCUCUCAGGCCAGAUUUGCUUCUUCCGCUGCUGCUGCUGCAACUGGUUCUUCUGCAUCUUCGUCCCCUUCUGCUCCUCCUGUUGCUGCUGCGGAGCCAAGGGAAUGGCUUGUGCUCUUCCCUGACAUGCCCAAUGUGCUUGAUCGUCGUCUGGAAAUCCGACCCCGUCAUUCCCCGAACUUUGUCCGCCUCCACAAGGAACAGUGGGUCACCUGGGCUGGACCCGUAUUCGAGAAGCACACCUUCCCCGGCAACCCCCGCCGACCCUUCAAGGGUUCCGUGAUGGUGAUCAACGAGGUUAGCAAGGAGCAAAUUUGGGACCGUUUGAAGAGCGACCCCUAUAUCCAGGAGAGCAUUUGGGAUCUUGAGAAUGCCCGGGUGAUUCCUUUCGUCACCAACAUGAGACGAACCCCCCAGAAGUGAAUGUUAAUCAGAGUAUUUGUAAUGCCACACGUGGUCAGUUUUAUCGUGAUUUGAUA